CCCCACUGGAGGUUUUCUGGGUGUAUCACCGCCUUCAUUCACCAAGCUGGUGUUUUUCUGCUGUACUUAAUAGCAAUGCAGGGCAUGCAAUUAUUAACCUUUCUAAACACCUAUUUGCAGUCCAUUUUAUGUUCCCAGAUUUUCAGGUUAUGCAGCCAGACUCUCUGAUGCAGAACCUCUGAGUCAGAUAAAAAGUUAAAGAGCCUACCGUUGCUCAUCAAAUGAAGGCUAACGAUUUUGCCUAGAAACUAGCCUUUGUCGGUCACGCUGAGCAUACACAGCCUUCUCCCUGCUGUUAUUUCAUAUUCUAGUCAUUUCCUUCCUCCUUGCAUCAGUCAUUCAGCAGCCUCCUAUACCGGCUUAAUUCCUGUUGUUUUCAUAGAUUUCCUUGCUCCCACUUGGAUCGCCAAAGUUAAGAAUUUCCUGCCAGAAUCAGGAUGGGAGGUUACCCUUGAUCUCUGUAAAUAGUAUCUAUCUCCCAGCAUUAUGACCAAACUCACCCAUGUGUUUUAUUUCUAUGUGAAAAGAGCGUGACAUCCAUCAUCCUCAUUUUUUUUCUGUGUCAGCUGAAAUGAAAGCUCAUUACUUAAAAUGGAGCCCUCUCAGCUGCUGGUGAUUGUAUCAGUGAACGCUGAUGUGACUCCGUCAAUAUGGAUGUUUUGGCUCUUGGAGACUAAGACGCAGUUUACAGCCUGCUAUUAAUUAGUAUUCCUUUUCAGUCUCUGAGAUUUUUAUCUGUUAUGAAGUGAGCUUUGAACAUUCAACAGCAAUAUCAUUGUUUUAAUAUCAUUUAUAUUACAUUAGACUCAUGAGACCCUGACCCGUUUUGGGCUGGCUUUGUAAUAAAAAGCUGUAGGCCUGUUCUGAUAACCCUUUUUUUUUUUUAUUAACCUUCUGUUGACUCCACAGCAUUUAUAUUACAUCUGUUUAAGGAGUUUUGUGAUUCCAGCGAUGUGCUAUAAUUAGGUAUAUGAAAGAGAAAGGGUAUCAGAGCCUCAGUUUUCACCUCUGAUCUUGGUACUUUGUAAAGCGGAAGGGGCUACAGAUGGACUUUCAUCAAUGUCUACAGCUGAAUAUUUGAAAAACGUCCUCUAGUUUUAUUUUUGUACCUUCUCCUUUCAGUUCAGCUUUAAACAGACAAAGAGGUGGUUGCACAACACCCCUCACUAUUUACCUCCGUUUACCUCCUCCACACGCAGACAUCGUGAGAAAUAGGACAUUUACUGAAUGAGGCCAUUUUGUUUUAAAGCAGGAACUCUGAAAGGCUUUCUUUAGAAAAAUCACUGCCAUUUCAACCAUAUCCAGAAGGCAAAAAGAAUAAAAUAAACUCAGAUGGCUGGAGCACAUUUGGUCAGGACCAAGAAGCUGGCAACUGUACUCCUGUUUCUCACAUGCCCCGUACAGCAUAAAUCACCUCCUGACAGCUCCUUGCGUUUCAGAUAAUUGUUGGGCAGUGGCAACCCACAACAAAGCUCUGCAGUUUCUGUGUUGCAACACGCCUCUCCCAGGGAAUAGCAAUAGCCUGGAUUGUGCCCGUAGGCUCUAAGCUGGCUCUGGACACCUGCUAUUUGAGAUACAACAGCAAAACUGCUUCUGAAGUCAAAGAAAUCCUGGCAGCAGGGCUAUGCGCCCAGGGACCAUUAUUUCAGAUAUUUAUAUAUGAGAGCUGUUGGUGUAUGCAGGCACGCACAUUUGGCCACACUCUGCUUCUGAACAGCAGUGGCUGCAUCCAUUAAAAUAAUGUAGCAUCAGAUAGAUGCGAAGGAAGCUGGUGAAACAUUGGCCUAAAAACCUGUAAACCAAACUGGCUCUUCCAGAGCCCUGCCACCUUUCCUAGAGCUGGUCAUGAGGAACCCAUGAGAAGACCAUAUUUACUUUCAAUUUUGUUCUCCCUGCCUCUUUCACCCUGUCCUGUUGCAAAUAGUUAAGAGAGGGAGCAGGAAAAUCUCCUGAAACAAUCUCAACAAAUAUGAUGUUGCCAACUCACAAUUUCAUCAGGAAUCUCUUUGCAAUUGUGAGCUUGGGUGGGUUUUUUUUUUGAAGUACUGGCUCCUGGAACUGGACUAUUUCAUCAAAGCUUUGUUUCCUUUCUUUUUUUCUCCUCCCCCUUUUAAAAAAUUUUUAAUCCUCAUGGCUGCAUGACCCCCAAAUAGCUAAAAGGAUUUUAAAGAACAGUCUAGGGGGGGUAAAAAGGAGUGUUUCAGAGCCAGUUCAUAACACCAUAAUCAUGCAGUGCUAAUAAGCUCUGCCAGGCUGGACUUUGAUCUGCACACAGCAGCUUGAAAGUGUGCAGAGCUGCUGCCUAAUGAAAACUGCAAGCAGAAAGACUGAAAAAAAAAAAAAAAAAAGAAUAGUUUUCCCCAUUUGGGAAACAAAACAGCUUACAUUGCUUUCUCUUUCAGUUUAUGCCAACAGUUCCACUGUAUGUUAGUUAUUAAACAGCAUUAUGUGUGUGCUGCCAACAACAGUAAGGUUUUUCAGAAUUACGUGAGCAAAAUUGUCACUUUGGGCUUCCCUGCAGCCUCCUGGAUGGCAACAGGAGCAGGAGCAAGGCCUUAAAAGGUCACUUAGGCAGAAAAUUCAUACAGGGUGAAGUAACAAACCAAGAGAUUAUUUUUUUCUCUUUUCAUUUACAAUAAUCACAGUCUGUUUAGCCUUAGUGUUGCAAACUGAUUUGUUCCAGGAUUUUGCAUCUGCUUUCAUGAGAAUGUUGGGAUGAUUCAUUUUUGCAAGUUAUUGCCAAAAAGAAAUAAAAAAAAAAACAACCAAACCAAAACAGAACAACAAAAGACACUGAGGGAUGAUGGCAGAGCUCCUUACCAACAUUUUGCACAUACAUCGCAACCGCUUCCUCCUGUUCCUGGACCUUGCAUAAGAGUUAUCCGCCCGGCCCAGCAAAUCAUCCCGAAUUACUCAAACCUUCGUGCUCCCAAGGGCACUGGAGACCGACCACCCCAGAGGACAUGCUCCUCCCCUGGUCCUCCUCGAUUCCCAAACCAGCUAUACAACCAGCUACCUAAUGGUCAGCUUCCCCCCAAGGCAUGUGGCCCGGAUGAAGCCUGCUGCUGUCCUUCUGACAAUUUUCCAUCUCCAGCUGCCGUCCCGAGACCUCUCAGUAACCCUGCAGCCAAGGGAACGCUGAGAACCAGCAAUUUGCCGGAGGAGUUGCGCAAGGUCUUUAUAACCUAUUCGGUGGACACAGCGGUCGAGGUUAUGAAAUUUGUGAACUUCCUGCUUGUAAAUGGAUUUCAAACUGCUAUUGAUAUAUUUGAGGACACGGUACGAGGAAUUGACAUCAUUAAGUGGAUGGAGCGCUACCUAAGUGAUAAGACAGUGAUGAUAAUCAUAGCAAUCAGUCCAAAAUACAAACAGGAUGUGGAAGGGGCUGAAUCCCAGCUGGACAGGGAUGAACACGGCUUACAUACUAAAUACAUCCACAGGAUGAUGCAGAUUGAGUUUAUACAACAAGGAAGCAUGAACUUCAGAUUCAUCCCUGUGCUUUUUCCAAAUGCCAAAAAGGAACACGUGCCUACCUGGCUGCAGAACACUCACAUUUAUAACUGGCCAAAGAAUAAGAAGAACAUCCUUUUGCGGUUACUGAGGGAGGAGGAAUACGUUGCUCCUCCGAUAGGACCUUUACCAACACUCCAGGUUGUGCCGUUAUGAACGCUAUUACUUAAAGUGCACGACAAGCAGUUGUUAAAGGGUUGUUCUUGGCAGGGAGCCAACGCUUUUCCAGAUGGCUCUUUUUGAUGACAGAAGACACUCUUUCAGCUAAAAGAAUUGGUUGUCUUGGGUAACUCAGGCUCGGCUUGUUCUCUACCACGUUAAACAUCUAUUUCUGAAGCUGAUGGGGCAGUACUCUUUUCUCUAGAUUUUUAAAUAAGCUGCAAAUAGAAAGAAUGCCCAGUUUUAUUUUAACAUCUGGUUUUAACAUAACCCUUUAUUAGUCGAUAUAGCAAACAAAUACCAGAAAUAAUGUUGUAAUAAGUGUAAAAUAAAAAUUACAUCCUCCUUUUUGCUCAGGGUUUCUUUAAAGAUAUUCCUGCUUUGUACAGCAUUAUUGAACAGCUAAUUUGUAUAUACACUAUUAAAUAUAUUUGUCUUUUGUAAGGCAACCUUA